AUGGCUGCAGAUGGAUGUCAGUGUACGGCACUUGAAGACAAUCGCAUAUUGCGUCAACAGCGCUGGCGCGAACUUUGCGCUAAAUUUUAUUAUGACAAGGAUGAGACUGCUAAACGCGUAUUAGAUUUCUUUGAGGCGAGCAAAGUGGACGAAAUCAGUAUAUCGGCAGUCGAAGAAACAGGAGCCGAUGAGCAAUUUAAUGAAGCGGUGCAGACUUUAGGACUCCACAAGUGUAUGGUUUCUGGCCACGAAAAGAAUUUUACCAAGAUCAUCGAAAUGCUGGAGGUAGUGAAGACGGAGGUGCGAGCAGGAUACCACGAACAUGUUUCGAAGACAAGAUACGCUGAGUUUGAGAUUCAAGCCAAGAAAAGUCAGGGGACAAAUUAUGAGCUUACGACGGAUAAGAACAAUCGACACCGGGUCUCGAAAGUAAUCGUGACUUCCAUUGCCAAAGACAUUUUCGAGAAAUUUGGCGUCGCGACUGAUACAAACGCGGCCAGUUUUGAGAUCUUAAAAACCGAUAAGCCUAUUCAUGCUCGGAAUAGCCAGCAAAUCGACAAAGUUUAG